AUGGACCACGGCAUGAAAGAUGCUGAGUUUCGGGAGCACUGGUGUGGAGUGGAUGAAGCCAGUGAGGACACAGUGGAGACAGUGGAGCACCAGAGAACCCAGAGCAAGGAAGCUGGGCAGCCGGGCCCUUCACCAGUCAGGCCACCUGCAGUCUGCAGCCAGAGCCUCAGAUCUUACACUGGCAGCACACGGGGACACAGCAGCUGGACUGGCAGCAGCAGGGCUUAUAGCAGCUGGACUGGCAGCAGCAGGGCUUACAGCAGCUGCAUUGGCAGCAGGAUGACCCACAGCCUGAGGAGCAGCAGCAGGGCUUCCAGCAGCUGCACUGGGAGCAGUCACAAGAACCACAGCCCCCCUUGGACCCCCCACAGGAGACAUAGCCCCCCUUGGACUCCCCACAGGAGCCACAGCCCCCCUUGGAGCCCCCACAGGAGCCACAGCCCCCCUUGGACCCCCUACAGGAGCCACAGCCCCCCUUGGACCCCCCACAGGAGACAUAGCCCCCCUUGGACCCCCCACAGGAGCCACAGCCCCCCUUGGAGCCCCCACAGGAGACACAGCCCCCCUUGGAGCCCCCACAGGAGACACAGCUGGAGCCACAGCCCCCACAGCUGGAGCCACAGCCCCCACAGCUGGAGCCACAGCCUCCAGAGCAGCCACAGCAGCCCAUGGUUCUGGUGGAUUGAGGGUAGAACAGGUAGAGGAGCAGGUGAGAGGGCGGUGCAGGUGUGGAGCCCCCUGAGCCCGGGCUCUUUAUAUCCCUGUCCAGGGUCAGCAGCUCCUGGCCCGCGGGCUGUUUCCAAAGGUCCCAGGACCUGCGGCUUCAGCCCUCAGCUCAGCAGGGUCCUUUUUGAGUGUAAGACUUUGUUGGAAGGGCUUUCAGACCACUCGGGUGGCAGGGUUGACAGAUACAGUACAGGAUGCCUGCUGGAACUUGAAUUUCAAAUAAUCGAAGGCUGCCUUUUGAGGAAGGAAAUCCAAGCAUUGCAAGGGACAGACACUGCCUCUGCGCUGGGUCAGGACUCAGAUCUCAUUGUGUCCUGCAGCGGUUCCUCCUGCCGCCGCACGGUGUCGCUGUGGAGCGGGUUCCCCCACCGCGUGGCCGGUCCAGGGGUUCCCGGACAGCGGCACAGGUGGAUGGCAGAGUGA